AUGCCUAAACGUAUAGUGAGGGUGUGCUGGGAAUGCCUAGCAAAGGCCCUGGUCCGUGACAUCUUUAACGCACACCUCCGGCAGAGCUUCAACAGCAUUCUGAGAGAGACUAGGGACAUUGAGUCCAAAUGGACCAUGUUCAGCAAAUCCAUUGCCGAAGUCGCUGCACUGAGCUGUGUCCUCAAAUGGUUGGUGCCUGUUGUGGUGGUAACCCCCGAACCAAAUGCUACCUCCUCUGGAACUACAGCAACACAAAUCUACAAGGCGUGUGCAUCUUCCUCUCUGUGUCCAGCUACGGGCUCUCAGACAUUUUCAGUUGACGUGGGUGUUCAAAGUGCUCUUGCAUCUGCCACAUGCUGCAACACGGAUAACUGUAACUCACAAACUCUGGCUGCUCCUACUCCUCAGUCAAGUAAUGGCCGACUAUGUAACGUUUGUUCCACUUCUCAGUGCAACACUCCAUUACAGUGUCAGGGAGUGGAGGACCAAUGCUUUCAGUCAAUGAUGAAUGAUGGCACCAACACUUUUCCAGCUUAUGGCUGUGCAUCUACAAACCUGUGUGCAGCUGCUAAAAGUCUUGGUUCUAUACCUUUUAUACACAACUUUGGUACCAUAACAAGUGGACCAACCUGCUCUCUAGCUUCAACUGCAGUACCAACCACCACAAUACGACCCAUUCGAGUCAAACGACAACAACAGCUGCCCAAACCACAACCUCAAAACCAUCUGUUGAAACCACGACCAUGGCACCAAGAACCACAAAAACAGCAACCUAAGCACGGACCAACAUGGCCCAAACAAGAAAAAUGUGCUCACACAACAACAACAGCCACUCCAACCACAAGCAGUAGCGCACUAAUCACAACAGCUACGCCAAGCACUGCUACUGCAGUUCCAACCACAACAACAGCAGGACUAACCACCACAUUUGAAGCUCAAACCACAACCACAGCUGCAUCAACCACUACAACAACAGCUCCGACCACGACCACUGUGACACCAACUAUCACAACAGCUUCUCCAACCACGACAACUGUGGCACCAACCAUCACAACAGCAGCUGCUCCAACCACAACCACUGCAGCACCAACCAGCACCAAAAGUGCUCCAAUAAUAACGAUAGAGGUGCAAUCUACCACAACAGCUGCUCUCACUGCAACCCCUGUGGAACAAACCACAACAACAAUAACUUCAACCACAGUGGCACCAACCACCACAACAGCUACGCCAAGCACUGCUACUGCAGUUCCAACCACAACAACAACAGGGCUAACCACCACAUUUGAAGCUCAAACCACAACCACAGCUGGAUCAACCACUACAACAACAGCUCCAACCACGACCACUGUGACACCAACAACCACUAUAACUGCCCCAACCAAUACCACGGCCACUCAAACCACGACCACUGCAGCACCAACCACUGCAUAUGUAGCUCAAACCAAUGCAGGACCAAGCACAACAGCUGCUUCAACCAAGACCACAGUGGCACCAACAGCUUCUCCAACCAUGACAACUGUGGCACCAACCAUCACAACAGAAGCUGCUCCAACCACAACCACUGCAGCACCAACCAGCACCAAAGGUGCUCCAAUAAUAACAACAGAGGUGCAAACCACCACACCAGCUGCUCUCACCACGACCCCUGUGGCACAAACCACAACAACAACAGCUUCAACCACGACCACAGUGGCACCAACCACCACAACAGCUCCUCCAACCACCACAACUGUGGCACAAACCACCACAGCAGCUGCUCCAACCACGACCACUGCAGCAUCAACCACAGCAAAAGCUGUCCCAACCAUUACCAGUGAGGAGCGAACCACGAUCCCAGUUACUCCAACCAUUGACACUGCAGCUCAAAUUACAACAACAGCAGCACAAACCACCACAACAACUAUAAAUAUAGCUAAAACGACGUCCAAUACUGCACUAACCACAACAGCUGCUCCAAUCCCGACUACGGCCAUACCAAGUUCAACAACGGCUGCAUCACCCACUACAACAACUGAAACAAUAACUCCACCUGAAACAGGAACACAAGCUGUUCCAACCCCGACCAUUGGGACACCAACCACCACCACCAGUAUCCCUACCACUGCCACCGCAGCUCAAACCACAAUAGCAGCACAAACCUCAACAGCAGUUGCUCCAACCACAACCACGGAAGCACCAACAAGCACCACAGGUGCUCCAAUAACAACCUCUGUCACUUUGAUUACAACAGCUGCACCAACCACUACAACAGCAGAUUUAACCAUGACCACUGUUGAAGCAACCAACACAACAAUUGCUCCGAGCACAACGGCUGUGGCACCGGUCACUACCAUAGUCACUUCAGCCAUAACAACAGCGCCACCAACCACAACAACAGCUACCCCACCCAUGACCACUGCCACCCUAACCACCACAACAGAACCAUUGCCACACCAUUCACAUCAACCAAAGCCCAAACCAGAACCAACACCACCCAAAUCGCCACCAUGUGCUGAACACAGAACCACUGUGGCACCAACCACAACAACAGCUGGACCAGCUACAACAAAUGCAAACCAAAGCACCACAACAGGUGUUCCAACCACUACCACUGCACCAGAAACCACAACAACAACUCUAACCACGACCACUGUGCCCACGACUACAACAGCUACGCCAAGCACUGCUACUGCAGUUCAAACCACAACAACAACAGGGCUAACCACCACAUUUGAAGCUCAAACCACAACCACAGCUGGAUCAACCACUACAACAACAGCUCCAACCACGACCACUGUGACACCAACAACCACUAUAACUGCCCCAACCAAUACCACGGCCACUCAAACCACGACCACUGCAGCACCAACCACCACAUAUGUAGCUCAAACCAAUGCAGGACCAAGCACAACAGCUGCUUCAACCAAGACCACAGUGGCACCAACAGCUUCUCCAACCAUGACAACUGUGGCACCAACCAUCACAACAGAAGCUGCUCCAACCACAACCACUGCAGCACCAACCAGCACCAAAGGUGCUCCAAUAAUAACAACAGAGGUGCAAACCACCACACCAGCUGCUCUCACCACGACCCCUGUGGCACAAACCACAACAACAACAGCUUCAACCACGACCACAGUGGCACCAACCACCACAACAGCUCCUCCAACCACCACAACUGUGGCACAAACCACCACAGCAGCUGCUCCAACCACGACCACUGCAGCAUCAACCACAGCAAAAGCUGUCCCAACCAUUACCAGUGAGGAGCGAACCACGAUCCCAGUUACUCCAACCAUUGACACUGCAGCUCAAAUUACAACAACAGCAGCACAAACCACCACAACAACUAUAAAUAUAGCUAAAACGACGUCCAAUACUGCACUAACCACAACAGCUGCUCCAAUCCCGACUACGGCCAUACCAAGUUCAACAACGGCUGCAUCACCCACUACAACAACUGAAACAAUAACUCCACCAGAAACAGGAACACAAGCUGUUCCAACCCCGACCAUUGGGACACCAACCACCACCACCAGUAUCCCUACCACUGCCACCGCAGCUCAAACCACAAUAGCAGCACAAACCUCAACAGCAGUUGCUCCAACCACAACCACGGAAGCACCAACAAGCACCACAGGUGCUCCAAUAACAACCUCUGUCGCUUUGAUUACAACAGCUGCACCAACCACUACAACAGCAGAUUUAACCAUGACCACUGUUGAAGCAACCACCACAACAAUUGCUCCGAGCACAACGGCUGUGGCACCGGUCACUACCAUAGUCACUUCAGCCAUAACAACAGCACCACCAACCACAACAACAGCUACCCCACCCAUGACCACUGCCACCCUAACCACCACAACAGAACCAUUGCCACACCAUUCACAUCAACCAAAGCCCAAACCAGAACCAACACCACCCAAAUCGCCACCAUGUGCUGAACACAGAACCACUGUGGCACCAACCACAACAACAGCUGGACCAACUACAACCAAUGCAACCCAAAGCACCACAACAGGUGUUCCAACCACUACCACUGCACCAGAAACCACAACAACAACUCUAACCACGACCACUGUGCCCACGACCACAACAGCUUCGCCAAGCACUGCUACUGCAGUUCCAACCACAACAACAACAGGGCUAACCACCACAUUUGAAGCUCAAACCACAACCACAGCUGGAUCAACCACUACAACAACAGCUCCAACCACGACCACUGUGACACCAACAACCACUAUAACUGCCCCAACCAAUACCACGGCCACUCAAACCACGACCACUGCAGCACCAACCACCACAUAUGUAGCUCAAACCAAUGCAGGACCAAGCACAACAGCUGCUUCAACCAAGACCACAGUGGCACCAACAGCUUCUCCAACCAUGACAACUGUGGCACCAACCAUCACAACAGAAGCUACUCCAACCACAACCACUGCAGCACCAACCAGCACCAAAGGUGCUCCAAUAAUAACAACAGAGGUGCAAACCACCACACCAGCUGCUCUCACCACGACCCCUGUGGCACAAACCACAACAACAACAGCUUCAACCACGACCACAGUGGCACCAACCACCACAACAGCUCCUCCAACCACCACAACUGUGGCACAAACCACCACAGCAGCUGCUCCAACCACGACCACUGCAGCAUCAACCACAGCAAAAGCUGUCCCAACCAUUACCAGUGAGGAGCGAACCACGAUCCCAGUUACUCCAACCAUUGACACUGCAGCUCAAAUUACAACAACAGCAGCACAAACCACCACAACAACUAUAAAUAUAGCUAAAACGACGUCCAAUACUGCACUAACCACAACAGCUGCUCCAAUCCCGACUACGGCCAUACCAAGUUCAACAACGGCUGCAUCACCCACUACAACAACUGAAACAAUAACUCCACCAGAAACAGGAACACAAGCUGUUCCAACCCCGACCAUUGGGACACCAACCACCACCACCAGUAUCCCUACCACUGCCACCGCAGCUCAAACCACAAUAGCAGCACAAACCUCAACAGCAGUUGCUCCAACCACAACCACGGAAGCACCAACAAGCACCACAGGUGCUCCAAUAACAACCUCUGUCGCUUUGAUUACAACAGCUGCACCAACCACUACAACAGCAGAUUUAACCAUGACCACUGGUGAAGCAACCACCACAACAAUUGCUCCGAGCACAACGGCUGUGGCAUCGGUCACUACCAUAGUCACUUCAGCCAUAACAACAGCGCCACCAACCACAACAACAGCUACCCCACCCAUGACCACUGCCACCCUAACCACCACUACAGAACCAUUGCCACACCAUUCACAUCAACCAAAGCCCAAACCAGAACCAACACCACCCAAAUCGCCACCAUGUGCUGAACACAGAACCACUGUGGCACCAACCACAACAACAGCUGGACCAACUACAACCAAUGCAACCCAAAGCACCACAACAGGUGUUCCAACCACUACCACUGCACCAGAAACCACAACAACAACUCUAACCACGACCACUGUGCCCACGACCACAACAGCUUCGCCUAGUACUUUCACUGCAGUUCAAACCACUACAAAUGACAGUCCAACCACUGCCACAACAGUCGCAACUACAAAAACUAUCAUUACCACAACCACUGCAGAGCCAACCACAAUGAAAGGUGCUCAAACCACAGCCCUCCCAACCACCACAACACCUUCCACAAGCACCACAACAUCUGGGUCAAGCACAUUUGGUUUUCCAACCACAACAGCUGUGGGACCAACCAUGACAACCGUUCCUGUAACAACCUCUGUCUCCCCAGUUUCAGAAGAUUCAACCUCGUCAUCUCAGUCACCCACGACUUUAACGACAGCAAGUAACUCAUCUUCCAUUAGAAUGAAUGUAGUCCAUUUUCUACUCGGACUUCUUCUUUUUACCCUAUAUUAGAAAACAGGUAAUUCAUAGAUGGAAAGCGAAAACAUUACCAAUAAAUUAUGAAAGUAGCUUCUUUUGAAGAUCAGACUUAUGUUUACUUUGUACCUCCGCCUCUCACCCUAUGGCAUCUGGGAUAGGCUCCAGCACAAACAACCAAAAGGAACUAAGACACCCACAUGAUAAGCAUGGAAGAAUGGAUGAAUGGAUGGCAGAAUUUCUAGAACAACGCACAAAAAUCUACUAGAUAACACGUAAUAAAGUAAU